AUUGCUAAAGACAGAUGCCUCAUUAGAGCCAAACAUUCCUAUCUUACUUAACUAAACAUAAUAAAUUAAGUUUAUGGGGCCGGAAAUAGUUAUCAUUUCUUCUUUCUUGCAGUGAGGAGGCAUGGAACAACAUUUAGCAAAUUGAUCCUGGCUUAAUUCCUACCGAUAUUAUGCAGCACAAACUCUUAUUUGAUGGAGAUUAUAAAUCGAGAAUUAGCAAUGAAUAAUACGCAUCGCUUUAGUGGUAAGAAGCUGCUGAGUAGCUUCCCCCCACCCCCAGUAAUGGUAAAGGCUAGACUUUAUAUUUUUAUGUCACUUUUACUAAGAAGGGGAGAAACAUUUUGCUAUUCAUCUUAGAGAAGCUUUUUGCUCCUAGUUACAUGGAGUAACACGGAAUAGAUUUGCCUUCCUGCCUUGAAAAAAGUGAAGACCGGAAAAGCAUUUGUUUUGAGACACUUAAGAGCAGGCACUGUUAGGGCUGUGAUUCUACAACUGCUCUCACAUGCUGGGGGCAGUCUCCAGAUUCAUCUCAAGGUGGGUCGUCACAGCUUCCAAACUAAGGACGAUCUACAUUUCUUUACGUAGGUAAAAUGACUGUUGCUAUGGGUAAAUUCACAGAAGUAAAGCCCAGAGAAUCCGGUUGGCUGGCUGGAAGAGGCGGAACCAAUUCCGGGCUCAGCAAGGUCUCGCGAUACCGUGAGAUCUGCAGGCCUGACGACACCGCCGCAGAGACUUCCCUCAGACCCGAGGGUGGGCGGUGCGAGCGGCAGUUACCUCCGAGCGCUGCUUCUCUGAGGAAAACGGGCGUUGACCUGAGGUCGGUCCGACUGUGACCAACAUGAGCGGCCUGGAUGGGGUCGAGAAGACCCCUCCCGUUCAAACGCACAGCAUCCCUAUUUCUGACGACGUCUCGGGCGACCCGGACGCACGCCAGUGCCUGAGGCUCCGCGACAAAAGCGAGGCGACACAGGUGAUGGCGGAGCUGGGUGAGGGAGGCUCGGAGACCGUCGCGCUCCCGCCCCCGCAGCCUUCAGAGGAAGGGUGCGUACCCCAGGAUCCCGCGGGCCGUGGCGGUACUCCCCAGAUCCGAGUUGUUGGGGGUCGCGGUCAUGUAGCGAUCACAGCCGGGCAGGAAGAGGGCCAGCCUCCUGCCGAGGGCCUGGCAGCCGCUUCUGUGGUGGGGGCAGCGGACCACAGCCUGAAAAAGGGCGUUCAGGAUGGAGAGAAGGCCCUAGAAAUCUGUGACGCCGAGAGGUCCGCGUCGGAGCUGACGGCGGGGGCGGGGACGGAGGCUGAGGAGGUGAAGAGAGGAAAGUGCGCCACUGUCUCAGCAGCCGUGGCUGAGGAGGAGAGGGCUGAGGUGGUGGUGAAGGAAGGCCUGGCGGAGGAGGAGGUAGUGGAGGAGCAGAUGGAGGUAGAGGAGCAGCCGCCAGAAGGUGAAGAAGUAGAGGCGAGGGAGGAGGAAGGGCCGUGGCGUCUGCAUGAGGCUCUCCGCAUGGACCCUCUGGAGGCCAUCCAGCAGGAACUGGACACUGUGAAUGCUCAGGCCGAUAGGGCCUUCCAACAACUAGAGCACAAGUUUGGGCGGAUGCGUCGACACUACCUGGAGCGGAGGAACUACAUCAUUCAGAAUAUCCCGGGCUUCUGGAUGACUGCUUUUCGAAACCACCCCCAGUUGUCCGCCAUGAUCAGGGGCCAAGAUGCAGAUAUGUUAAGGUACAUAACCAAUUUAGAGGUGAAGGAACUCAGACACCCUAGAACUGGCUGCAAGUUCAAAUUCUUCUUUAGAAGAAACCCCUACUUCAGAAACAAGCUGAUUGUCAAGGAAUAUGAGGUAAGAUCUUCCGGCCGAGUGGUGUCUCUUUCCACUCCAAUUAUAUGGCGCAGGGGGCAUGAACCCCAGUCCUUCAUUCGCAGAAACCAAGACCUCAUCUGCAGCUUCUUCACCUGGUUCUCAGACCACAGCCUUCCAGAGUCCGACAAAAUUGCUGAAAUUAUUAAAGAGGAUCUGUGGCCAAAUCCACUGCAAUACUACCUGUUGCGUGAAGGAGUCCGUAGAGCCAGACGCCGCCCACUAAGGGAGCCAGUUGAGAUCCCCAGGCCCUUUGGGUUCCAGUCGGGUUAACGUUUGCCCUUGGGAAUACUCCUGCACAAGGUCUCCUACCACCACCUGCUGGACCUGUGCUUGGGCAACAGAAAUGGUAUGCCUUCUACUGUGUUUUGUUUUUGCUGACUUUUCUGCACCCUCUUUCCUUUGGAUAUUCACUUCUCUCAACCUCAAGAUUGAGACGGUGGUGGGUAUGCUUCUCCACUUCCAUGCUGUUCUGGAAUAUCACAUGCUACGACGCCAUCCUUCAGACUACUAAGCCAAGCAAAUGAUACUGUAGUUGGUACUGCCUUUAUUGGUACUGCUUGGACCCUGUUAAUUCCCAGGGCCUCUGAACUGGUUGCUAUCACCUGGAUUUCUAGCUUUGGGAGCCUAUUCUAUCUACUUAACACUGCAUCGGGCAGUAUGGGCACAUGGCCUGUGGACAGUUACUGAACGUUAAUGAACUCAGAGGAGAAAAGCAGUGGAGCUACUUGUUCUGUGUGAUUUAUGGUACUUCAUUGUUCUUCCUUCACCUCUAAUCACUCUGUUGCUACCUGCCCUGCUUUGGCUGCUGCCAAGGUCCCUCUCUCCCUCUUCCUUUUUGCUCCUAUUUCUCUUUUUCCUUUUUUUGAGACGGAGUCUUGCUAUGUCGCCCAGGUUGGAUCUCCGCCUGCAACCUCCGCCUCCGGGUUCAAGCGAUUCUCUUGCCUCAACCUCCCGAGUAGCUAGGACUACAGGCGCGUGCCACCAUGUCCGGCUAAUUUUUGUAUUUUUAGUAGAGACGGAGUUUCACCAUGCUGACCAGACUGGUCUCAAACUCUUGACCUAGUGAUCUGCCCGCCUCAGCCUCCCAAUCCUGUCUCUUUAAAAAAAAAAAAAAAAAAAAAAAGUAAAAGCUUGGAAAUAUUUGUAAAAGCAAACUUUAGUUUAUUUUGGCUCUGUCAUUUUCAGAGACAAAGAGGUUGUCCUGUAAAAUACAGCUCUUAUUGCUCCCCCCACGCCCCCUUCUCUCUUCCCAACUUUCUAUCCCUUUUAUCAACUCCUAGAAUACUUAAAGGGAGACACAUCUGGAUGGAAUGAAAUGUGAGAUCUAGUUUAUAACGGAUGGAAGAACUAAAGAGAUUGUGAUGGGUGCACUAAGCAGGGAAAACUGAACAAACGGCUAGAGGCAUGGGCCAGGUAAAAAUUGGGCCUAGAAUGAAGACUGAGCUGAGGAGGAAGGAGUACUUACUCCCCAGUGGUGAUGAAUGGAGAAAUACUUUUCUCAGGAUAGUUAAAGGAUAAUUGAAGGGGUUAAAGUGUUAAAUUGUUGCCUAGACAAGGGUUCUUUAAAGAAACACAGUGCAACCUUGAAUGCUUGCUUUCUUCUUUUGUGACCGAAUUUAUGUGGAAGAUUGUUAUUUUACUAGGAUUUUGUAAAAUCUUAUUUUUUUGGUUCUGCUUAUUGUGAAAAUUGAGCUGUACGUUCUUUUGAUUUCACUUGGGAACAUUUGGAAGAACAAUAGUCUUACUUUCCUGUACAAUAUAGAAACAUAUGAAUACUUAUAAUAGUUUUCAACUUGUUCUUGUUUCUGUUAAACUAUAUUCCUAGAAACAUAGUUUGAAUAACUUGGUCUUAAGCUUGUCAAAUUGCCUUUAUGGAAAAAUAAUCUACAAAAGUGGUUUAAUUGAUUGUCUUUGUCUUACAUGAUAAUUUUUCCUGGUAACAAUUUUUGUUAGUAAGUGAUGUGUCUUUUUUCCUAAAUCGCUUUUAAAUACUGUGAAAUUGCUCUGACAAAUUGGAAGUGUACCAUUGGCAUAUUUGUCUUCUUUUUAUGCGUGAUGGUAAAAUAAAAGCAUGUUGUUCUGCCAGA